AUGUUGUUGCCGGGAGAUGCAAACGCGGCUGCUCUUAUCCAUCGAUCCAACAUUUUAUUCUCCUCGGCCUGGGUUCUCCCAGUGGUUCCCGGGAAAACGGAAAAACAAUUCAAAAUACUACGGACGAUUGACGAUGCGGACAGUGACGAAGACAUAAUUACCGAUUAUUUGUCAGAAAGUGACAGGACAGGACCCCCAAUAACAAGUGGUAUAGGGGGUCCUGGUCCUUUGGUUCCAAUCAUUUCGGUUACGCCUCAUUCACCUGGAAAUGAAAAUCUUCAACAUCUUCACAAGAUUCACGAUACCAUUCAGCAAAUGCGUCAUGUAUCUGGAUACAACAGCAAUAACAGUGGUUUAACCCUCAGGUUAAAUCAAUCAAAUCGUUUAAGUUGUUCUUGCCCGUCAUUAAACGAUGCUGGAUCUGAUCCUGAAUUAUUUACAAAUUCAAAUUCAACUCCUACCCAUGGAACGGGAAAAGGUUCUUCAAAGUUGUGGUUGGCAUCUAAAAAUAUUUUAGAUGCUGAUUUUAAUCGCAGAAGAAGUUGGACUGCAUUAGAAGACUUAAGUAGCGGUAGAGGAAUAAAGCCAUGUCGGCAAAGAAGUAUGAGUCUGAGUAGCCUUGAUUCAGAGCAAGACGAUCCUUUUUCCGAUCAUCAAGAUGGUGGAAGUACGAGUUUGUUGGUGGCAGCGGGAAAAUCAGUCACAAUCAAUACGAGAAGAACGAAUAGAAACAAUGGUGGAGCAUCUACUCAUUCUUUGAACGAAGCUGAUUUACAGAACGAUUUUAAUGUUGUGAUUGCUAAAAGAGAGGCUGAAAAUAUGAGAUUGUUGUCAGCACGACUUCCGCUACAAAAAUCAAUUUCAACGCCUUCAAUUAUAGCAGUUCGAGAUAUAGUUCCUGAAGUCGUUUCAGAAGAAAGUACCGUUACACUACCCGUGGGCCAACUUCGUCCAAGUGGUACAGAAAGUGAAACUGAAGAAGAAGUUAUGUCAUCAUUGUUGGAUCCUUCUCAGCAUCCUUUUGUUGUCGAUAUGCCACCGAGUAGUCAAAUACACCUUCAUCAAUUAUUCGAAGAAUCUUACACGGCACAUUCGGAAAAAAGAAGGAAAAGAGGAAGUUUGUUUUUUCGAAAGAAAAAGGAUAAGGUAAAGAAGGUUGUUCAUCAAUGGGUUUCAGUUUCAUAUGGAUUUUCUUACAACUGCGACUCUUGCUCAAAACCGCUUACCAAUAAGCCAGCACUUUAUUGUGAUAAUUGCACCAAAAGAGUUCAUGCGAAUUCUUGCAAAGAUCAACUUUUAGAAUGUGUCAAACCUAAAACGAGUAAAGGUGGUUCUAAGGGACCGCAAUCCCUUUCAAAACGGGGAUCCACUUCUCAGCAAUCAAAUAGCAGUAAUAGGAAGACGACGUUUUGUUAUUCUCCGUGGAAAAGAGUCGCCACCAAACUUGGAGUAAAGGAACCGGAAUCGUGGACGCCCACCGUUGGAAAAGACAUUCUCAAACGUUUGGAUGAUAAAGAAAUAAAAAGACAAGAACACAUGUACGAAUUUAUACUCACGGAAAAACAUCAUUGUCUCACAUUGCGAGUAAUGCAAAAAGUUUUCGUCGAGGGAAUAAAAAAAUAUUUUCAAUUGGGAGCAAUAGUCAAUAGAAUGUUUCCGAGACUCGCCGAUCUUACGGAGAUACAUUUUAAGUUUUUAUAUUUAUUGAGGCAACGUCAAAAAGUGUCUCCCCUCAUUGAAACAUUUAGUGAUAUUUUAUUAGAACAAUUUUCGGGGACUUGUGCUCAAAAGCUUAAGUCUGCUUAUGGGGAAUUUUGCAGUCAUCACAGCGAUGCUGUCGGGAUUUACAAAUAUCAUUCGGAUAACGAUAGAAGAUUUGGAGGUUUCGUACGACAAUGUCAACAGAAUCCUUUGCUCAAAAAAAAAGGAAUUCCCGAAUGUAUUCUUUUUGUCACUCAGAGACUCACAAAAUAUCCAUUACUAAUAGAAGCUUUGAUCAAAUCGACAAAGGACAAUAAAAUUGAACAGGAGCGACUUCAAAGAGCUUUGGCUUUGGUUAAAGAAAUAUUAGUUGAAGUGAAUGCUCAGGUCGCCGAAAAAGAGAAAGAAGACAGAAAAUUAGAAAUUUAUAAUAGAAUCGAUGCGAAGUCAUUCACAGUUCGUAGAGGAAUCAAAUUUAAAAAAUCGGAUAUACUUUCGGAUAAUCGUAAAUUAAAAUUUGAAGGUACGGCUAUGUUGAUGCAGGGAAGAAGUAAAAUGCAAUACGUUGUAGUUAUAGUUUUAAGUGAUGUUUUAUUUUUUCUACAAGAUAAUAAUACCAAAUACUCAUUUUUUACUCCCGACAAUAAAACUGGAGUUGUAUCACUUCAAAAGCUGUUGGUACGUGAAAAAGCUGGACAAGAUUCAAAAGGGAUUUAUUUGAUAAGUUCUCAUCCCGCGGAACCGGAAAUGUUUGAAUUAAAAGUACACAAGCCAAAAGAUAAACAAACGUGGAUUCAAGCUAUCAGAAGUGCCGUCCAAAGUUGUCCGGAGGAAGAAGAUGAAGAGGGAGGAACAGUUUUAAGUAACGAGGAUAAGCAAAGAAUGUGGGAAGCUAAACAAGCUCAUAUCAGGCAAAUCGUCGAUAUUCUUAAACAAAAAACCCACGAACAGGCUUUAAUUUUAGAAGAAAAGAUGGCCUUGCAAUUGAAACUUUUGGCUGCUUCUGGACUGACCAACGUACCAGAACCUCCCAGUUAUUGUCAUUUAGUUGCAGAAAAUGCCGACACGAGCUCCGUAUGGAAAAAAGUCAUAUCUGCCGUUCAGGAAGUGAGCCAACUCGCUAGCUCUCUGUAUGCGUCUGGUACUAAUUUGUCAAGAAGUGUUAGUUCUGUCGGGGAACGUCAAAGUGAUGCUUACGUAUCUCCGACACUUCCAAAACGUGCAGAAACAUUUGGAGGUUUCGAUAACACUCAAGUUUCCGGUAGUAAACUUGGUGCCAUAUUAAAAAAACAUAAGGAAAAUUCUUCUGGUUCCAGUGGUAUUGAUAAUGUGGAUUCUAAUGCAAAAAAUGAAAUGGACCCAUUUUUUUGGAGAAACGCCAUUAUUUCGGCUUUACCACCAGAUUUUGCAGGAGCUAGUUCCAGCGCAUCCAGUGAUAUACCUGCUUUAUUGACUCUUGGUCGAGAGCAACAACUUGCUGCUAUAUUGUUAUCCCACGAUGUUUAUACGCUGUUAUGCAUUUUCUGGCAGCAAAUGACAUCAAUUAAUAACCUUCAGGCUCAGUUGGCUGUUUACAAAGAACAAUUAAAUAGUGAUGAAAAGGAUAGAAAGCCUACUUAUAGACACAAUCAUCAAUUGGAAGAGUUGAGAAACAUUCAAGACAAAUUAAAUCAAGAUAAAGAAGCUUGGUUGAGAGAGAAAGAAAUUGAGGAAAAAGAAUUGGAAGAAAAACGUUGCAAAUUAUUCUUGCUCGAGAAUCAAUUAAGAGAAGAACAAAAAGACAUAACGAAGCAAAGAGAGCAAUUAUAUAGAAAAAUGGAAAUGUUAACAAACCAAGGAAUAUUGAUUAGUCCAAAUAUGCCGGUUGUUACUACUCCACCUAUAGAAGAACAAGGUUUUCAGACACCUCCAUCGUCUGUAGAAUUUCGUAGAAAAUCCGAUACUCAAAAAUGGAAAAGCAGCAGCUUGGGAAAAACGGGAAGUUUGCCGCCAAAUUUAAUCAGCGCCACCAAUCAACAAAAAGUGCUUCCAAAUCUUCAGAUAAAACAACAAUUACCGUUAAAACUUGCCACUAACAAUAAACCGAGUUCCAUCGCGCCUGCUGCUUCCAGUUCGGGAACUCCGCAAAUGUUGCCCAUGAAACUAAGUCAAACAACGGAAUCGCGUAGAAAUAUGAGCGGACUUUCUGGAAUUCCCUCUCCAAGUAUUCAUCCAGGCUAUCAAAGACUUAAUUCUUCAAACGUUCCAGGGGGAGAACAACCCUCUCAUUCUCAUUCCAGAACGGGAAGUAGUCCUGCUGCAAUAAUGCAGAAUUCACCCCCAAGUUCUCCGAACACGACUAAAAUCAACACUCUAACGAAAAACACUUAUCCAAAGCAGCAGGAAAAUCCAGAGGAAAAGUUGAUUAAUUUUCUUCCUUCGUUUGGAAUGAAAAAUGGGGAAAAGCCGCAAAAUUAG